CAUAAACCCAACCCAAUAAUAUACGAGCUAUAGUAGUGCACCGUCGAUACAAACGAUAGCAUACGAAACAGUCUCAAAUGGCGCGACGAUUACGAAAUAAUGGAUUCUACCGCGAUCACCGUAACGAACAUGUUUCAGGUAUUGAAUAGCAUUACUACGAAUGAAAUACGACGAAAGUGCUCACCAUAGCGCUCGUUCAACCUGUAAACAGUUUGCCUGAGGAAGAGCAGUCGACUUAGUGGCUUUUGUCUGCGCGACGGCGGCGUCUAAGUUACGAUAUGGAACAAUUACGAAUCGUCAUAGGACGAUAACAUAUAGAUAUGUUCACUUCAGUCUGCACGCUGCAUAAUGGCAGCUCCUCAUAGCUUAUUGGAGGGUCGUACUUAUGGUUUUCGUUUGCUGUUUUAAGGAAUAUCAGUCUAAUAGUUGAGUUUGCUUCUGGAGGAUUGCGGGAUUGAUUAUUUGUUGAACUUAACAAUGUUCAUGCGAUCGGCAAUUAGGGGCCGUUAGGACAGCGAGCGAAGUGUGUGCCGCACAUCGAGAUACGGGAUCGAUUUCAGCGGAACGUCGGUAGCGACAGACGCAAAGGUUCCGCAGUACAUAGGUCAUGGCUGCAGUAAUGAUAGAAACAAGCUCAGAGCAAAAAUAGUUGCUUUCUACGUAAGCGAUUUAAUAAGACAGUUAGACUAGAGAGAGGAACUAGAAUCCGAUUCGGACCGUUUUAACUAUCGAAGCUGACUAGAACUGAGCUAGGGGGCGGCUUGAUACAUAGCGAGACGUGCAUAUCGCAUAGCAGUAUGAUGUAAGAAACGUUCCUUUCAUACCUUCGUGGUAAAUCGAUAUUUUGAAUCUACUGGUGUCUAAGAUAUGGGAAAAUGAAUGCCUUCAAGCCAGCCGAGUAAGCGUAUACCUUGCAUGAACACACGGCUCAAUUUUUUCGUGACCAUUUUGUCUUGUCUUCCUUUUAGCGUGUGUGCUCCACAGUGCCCAGAAUUACUCAAUGUCAAAAUCGUGAUUCGUUACUUUUGCUGCUCUGUACGCAUCGAAUCGCCAUUGAUUGUGAAUUAACACAGACAUCAACGGGCAGAAACGCAGGGCGAAGACAAACCUUUUUCUUUCUUACCGGCCUUGCAGUUAACAACAAGCUGUAGCAGGUAAAAGUCGUCGUUCGGCCGACUGUCAUAAGUAUUAUUUAUUCAAAGCCGAUCUAAGUCAUCUGUCACUCCUCUAAGGUAAACCCUACACUGAAUGGAGGGUUACCAUGAGUCACGCCCGCAGCAGCUACGGUACGCUAGACUCAGCGUCACAUCAGAAGGCGUCACAGCGGUUAUUGAGGAGCUCGUAAUGAUAGCACCCAUCGAAUGAGUUUGGUGUACACCAAUAUCCAGGGAUAGGAGUGCACAAUGUAUCAUCGUGCGGUAGCCUAUGAACAGCGCCUUCCGGUGGAGACGCUGUACUGCACAUCCGAUAUCGUACGAGGUUCAAUGGCUUACAACGACAACACGCAUGAGCAUAGCCACGCGGCGUCCCCGGACACCGACGUGGCUGAAGGGCGUCUCAGCGAUUUUGAACUUGAGCAGAUUGAACACUGUUACCGCAGCCAGAAAACAUCUGUGUAUGUUGCUUCCUGUCUCGCCAAUCUGUAUUUUACCCGCACCGAUCAACAGGGUAAUCCUGUAACGUGGGAGCUUAGCUCCUGCGGAGUGCCUGUCCUAAUCCUUGACAAAGGCGAAAGUCGAGCACGAACUAUUCGCCAGCUUCAGAUUGUCCUUGCUGAGAAAGGCACAGGUUUCGCACUGUGGAGAGACAAAAUCGACAACUUGUCGCUAUACAAAUGUCCUGGUGAGGAAGCCUCUUUUCAGACAAUGUACCUUUCAUACGAUCACAGAGAAAUGAUCGGACUCAGUUUCGACCUCGAGGAAGCCGCACAAGAGUUCUACGAGACUGUGUCGGAUCUGUGCGCAGACCCGAAAAACAUCAGUCUCUCAAUGCCAAAACUGUCUAAGAAAAAAAGUAAAUCGAAAGGCAAGAAGGCUACGAAGGCUUCUAUAAAGCGACGUGUGACGAAAUCAGAGAUCUCAAGUCCCAUAUGCUUUCAGCACGUCACGUCGGUCGACGUUAUGGACCGCGAGAAGCUUAACUCUCUCUGUUCGCUUGUACAUACACUGAGUCUCGAUGUCAGCUCGGUGGAAAGCGCGAGUACAUCAGGCACAUCGAGUUCUAAUUCCAUCACGUCUAGCCAUCUUUAAUCAGAAGAGCAUAUGUAAUGGAAACAUUUAGAAUAAGACGCAUUUUGUUGACGAUGGCAUCCAUUGAUGAGAUGCACAAACAAAAACCUGAGGAGUACAGAAGAGUUCGAUGGAAUUUCGUCGGUUGUCCGCUGUGUUAUAGAAAAGUUCUGUAUAUAUUGCCUAAGACGCUAAUCGCCUGGCUUCAGGGUGUUUCGCUGUAUAUAGCUAUCUGUGAGUCGUACAUUUGUCUAUGGCCAUAAAUAAAGCUUUUAUGUUAAUGUAUAA